AUCAACUAUGAAACAGUAAACACUCUUCUCUCGUUAAUCAACAAUGAAGUCGAUCGCUCUGCUCUUCAUAUGCGUCACCAUUGCCAAAGGCAUGUAUGUCGACCACGGUGAUCCCUACAAACCGGGCACGUUGGCAACUGGAAAACUCGUCAUCACCAGCCUCGAAAACCACAGCCCCCUCCACGCCGUCGUCUACUACCCUAGCGUCCCUGGGGACUACGGUGUCGUCUUCUUCAUCCCGGGAUUUGACGGCAUCAUUUCCAGCGGGUUCUACUCUGAGUAUGUCGGCGCUUUAGCUCAGCAUGGAUUCAUCGUGGUCGGUAGUGACUACAUCUGGCCUGCAAGUGAUCACCCAGGUUACGAGAAGAUCAAUGAGAAGCUGGGAUUCAUCACGGACAAGUACGUGGAGCAGUUUAACUGGAUGAAGUCCAAUCUACAGGGGUUGAUCCAGGGCGUGGCGCCGGGCGUGGCCAGCAGGUGGGAGCAUGCCGCGCUUCUCAGUCAUUCCGCCGGGGCGGACGCUAUGUUGAAGAUGGUGGAGAGGAACCACACCCAUUUCCAGAGUGUCGUGUUUUGGGAGCCCUUCAGUUUUCAGUUCAAGACACCGACCAACUACUCCCUCCCCGCCCUCAUCACGGGGACGCAGCUGUCCACAAAGCGUGGGACCGUCGUCCCGUGCAUCAUCCCUGGUUUCGGCUUCGACCACUUCUACAGCAUGUGGGGGGAACCGCCCAAAGUCCUCAUGAACGUCAAGAACUUUGGUCACUGUGACAUCUUGGACAUUGGUUUUCGCACGUUUUGCAUCGAUACCAAGACGUGUGUGGGGGGUAACGCCUCUGCCAUCCCCUCCUACCACCAGUUCGCGCAGGGAGUAACCUCCGCCUUUCUCAUCUCCACUCUACAGGGCUACACCCAGGACAUCACCUACGUCAUCGACCAAAAUAAGAUACCCCUUCCUCUUGUAGAGUUAAAAUAUAACAUGUCAGCGCCAUCCAGUAAGACAUUCCGCUCUCCUGGCAGACGAUGGACCAAAUGAAAAUGUCCCCAUGUAUUUGAACUAUCUUAGAAAUCCAGCUUGGGAAAUAGAUCUGUUCCUGUUCAAAUAUUUGGAAAAUCCUUCCUGAAAAGUCCCCAACAGCAAUGUUUCAGAGAUCAAAGUCAAAUAUGUCUGUUUAUGAAGCAUUCUCACACGUUCAAGUGGACACGGUGAUCAAGUUGUCAAAGGCACCUCUAUUAGCUGUGCAGAGUUGCCUCACUUAGGUUUACCAGAAACCUAUCCGCAUGGGUUCGAAUCCUAAAUAACCCCGAUUAGGUGUCAAGGUUUGUCAAUACUGUACCCGUGCACAAGGGUUUCGUCAAAGUGGUAAACGUCUAUGUAUCGAACGUUCCUCACAUAUUACACAUACAACUUUCAUAAGAAUAAUUCAUUUCUUAAAUUAAGCGGUUCUAGUUUGCCAAAACGCGUGCUUCCUAUUUAUCUGUGCCGAAUGCAGGACCCCUUAAAAAGCGACGCUAGAACUACGAUUAUAAAAAGUCUAAACGUUCAAGUAUGCUCCAAGGAGCCCCAGACAAGGACAUAUUGGCGGCCGUGUGUACUGUUAGCAGCCAGGAGUUCAAAUAAUCUACCUCUUUCUCUCCACCCGAACACAGCCUCUGCCGCCAUCAGAUUGAAUCUUGUCCAAUUGAUGCUAAAAUAACUGUUGUGUGUCUGCUUUAGUCAUCGCAGGUUGAUAAUUGAACAUGCAGUACAUUCGUGACCAUUCAAGGUGUCUGGAGUAUAUAUAUACUGGCUCGCCCCGGGGAUACCUUACUGUCGAGAAAUCCCCAAUAAAGGAGCUGGCCAUUGACACUUUGUUUUGUUUUGUUUGGUAAGGCAUGUUCACUUAACUAUUUCCCUAAAUUUAUAAUUUAAAUUGUUUUAUAAUUUGUAACGUAAAUGGAGCAGUAUUAUCAGCUGUAAAGGUAUUUAAUCUCAUGUUAUUGACCAUGUAUAAGGGCAAAUAUUAAUUGGGUUUUAUUUAUUUAACGGACUUAUCUGUCAAAUGUAUGUGCAUUAGGUUUAGACAAAAUCAUCGUUGAAGUAUUAACUCCACGGUAUAGCAUAUAUUGUAUAUCAAACAUGUUCCGAUAUCAACAACAUUCGUAUAGUCGGAAAAAGGUUGUUAACAAUUGGGUGUCGUGGUAGCAAGCUGUGUAUUUUAUCCACAUAUUGAUAUUUUAGUGUGACUCAGUUAUUUUGUAUAUGUGAAAAAGUUGUGUAAAUGCAGACAAACUACCUCACUUUGAUCAGACCAUUUAUAUCACACGGGUUAUGUACAUUAUCUUUUAAUGUAAGGAUUCUAUGAUGAACCAUACAUUGCAUGUAUUUAUUGUUCAUAAACAGAAUCCUGACUGCUUUAAAUGUAAUCAUGUAAUCAUUUAGUUAAUCUGUACAAACAAUGUACAAAUAAUAUAGGUAACUUUCUUGAAACUUACAUAGGUCUGAGCACAAUGCAUUUGUAAGACAGCUUCAGCAAACAUGUCUACAUUACGAGCAAUACCUAAAAUGUACAUAUAUCCAUAUAUUAUAACCAUUCAGUAAUGUGAAUGGACAUUUGUUAAUGGGCCCGUUAACUCAGUGUAUGUGGAUGCUAUCAGAUACAGUUUGUUUGCUGCGGUAGUCUAGAUAAACUAUAGAUAUGACCCUCAAGUAUAACAUAUACCAGCAUGAAAAAUGAAUGAUAUAUGCUCAGAAGUUACAGCCAACGCAUGUUGUUAUUAAUAUUUAAAUCCGCGUACAUUUGAUACUGAUAUUGGGUUUAACAAGGUUUAUACGUAAAUAGGAUAUACCUAAAGGAAGUACCAUUUUGAAAGGCGUUAUCAUAAUAAGGAGUGGCUGACAAUAAGUUUCACAUAAGAUUAUGUAAGCUUUGUUCAUAGGUAUCUUUGUAGACUGACUUUAAUAUUGUUCUUAGUAAUUGGUUGGUUUAUCACUUGAUACAUGAUACAUUUGUAUAUCAUAAAACUUACACUCUUAUAUAUAAUCAUUGUAUAAUAUCACACACUACUGUGAUCACUGCUUCUUUUAUGAAAACUGUAAAUGUUCCAUAUGACUUUGUACUUUAUAUCUAAAAAUAUUUCUUAUUUUAAAUGUGAAUUGUUGACUGUCGAGAAAUCCCCAAUAAAGGAGCUGGCCAUAGACACUUUGUUUGGUUUCUUUGAAGGUGGUGCCCGAUCCCGAGAUAAUUCCCCAAGGCUUAUUCUAUAUAUUGAGACGGUUUGAAUAAGAAAUUCUAGAUGCCUGGAACCACCCCUUCAAACAACCGAGAGAAGCUGUGCAGGCCUGAGCCAAGGUCCCUCCUGACCAGUUUGCUUCAUCAAGCUCCAGUCUCACGGUCACCAUCAUCGCCGAUCCUUGUGUCACCUGCUACAACCACAUCAAUCGCUUCCACAACAGCAGCCUACUCCUCUACAUCUCCACCAUCCUCAUCAGUACCCUCGACCAGCCAGAUGUCAACACCCAUGCCGCACAUCAAACUACCACAGUUCUCAGGAACUGAGAAUGCCCAAAUGUGGUGGGAUGACUUUGUUUACUUUUUCUAAUUUCUUCUCUUACAAUGAUGAGAAGAAGUGUCGUCUGAUUUUACCUUGAAGGUGCAGCCUUCACCAAAAGAUUUAUAAAAUCAUCAGCCUUUGAUGUCAGUUUGUUACAGUUGGCCCAGGAACAGGAGGAAUCCAUCAACACCUUCAUCACCCGGGUUGAGACAGCAACCAUCCACCUGAAGCUGCCAGCAUCUGUCAUUGUGACCGUAGCUGUAAAUAGCCUUCGACCCAACAUCCGUCAGUGGGUAUGUAACAAAGAGCCCACAAAUCCACAGGAGGUCCGUCACCAGGCAGAGCUGGCCCAGAAAGCACUGGUGAUCAUGCAGUCAUCAGAGGUCAACAUGAUGGCAAAAGUUUACCACCUCUCCAGUCUGGUUGCCACCCUAAUCUCGAAGACUGAGGCCCCACCUGUCUAGGCUGCCUCUCCAGCUCCCCAGCCCUCAUAUCAACAGCAACAGCAAUAGCAACAACCACGGCUGUCUAAUCAACUGCCACCUCCAUUUCACCAGGCCCAACAACAACGUCGCUACAGCCAGUAGGAACAACAUAAAAAACGACCCCGCUUCACAUCCCCUCCAUUCCUCAAGCAAAGAUUGGUUGUGAUCACACAAAAGAACCAGGAGCACCGUUGAGAGGGCCAUCGGUCAACUCACACGCAGAUUUCCUGUUCUCCAUGGGGAAAUCAGGUUAAAACCUGAAAUGGCUUGUAAGAGUUUCCACGGUUGGUGAAGUGAAGGACCCUGUGACAUCUGGCUCCUCGGUAUACAUGUUGGCUCCUUCUGGUUCCGGAUGUGGAUCUGUCAUGGCGGUGUCAUAAAUCUCCCUGCAACAGAAAAUAUUAAAGUUUUGAUUGUAAUUUUCAUAUAAAUGUUCUUUUCAAUUUCA